AUAACGGCUGCUGCUGGCUCAAGCUGAACCUGUCCCCCCGGCUGUCAGUGGCUGUGACAGCUGAAAAUACCGUUUCACCCUCUAUUUGUGCGCUGAAUACAGUCUCCACCAUGUUUGAGGAGGCCAGUGAAGUGUUCGAUAACAUGUUUAAAUCUUCGUUUCCUCUCACGUUCAUCGUGUUUCUGCCCGCAGUGCUGAUCCUGGUGUCCCCGCUGCCGGCCGAGGCGGCGCAUGAGUUCACGGUGUACCGCAUGCAGCAGUACGACCUGCAGGGGCAGCCGUACGGUACCAGGAAUGCCAUCCUGAACACUGAGGCUCGUACUGUGGAGGCAGAGGUACUAAGUCGUCGCUGUGUCAUCAUGCGGCUGGCAGACUUCUCUUACGACAAGUAUCAGAAAGCCCUGCGUCAGUCUGCGGGGGCUGUGGUCAUCAUCCUGCCCAAGAACAUGUCGGCUAUGCCCCAGGACAUAGUACAGCAAUUCAUGGAGCUGGAGCCGGAGAUGUUGGCGACUGAGACCAUCGUCCCCGUUUACUUUGCCAUGGAGGAUGAUGAACUGCUGUCCAUCUACACCCAAACCCUGACCUCCUCCUCCUCCCAGGGCUCCUUAUCAGCAGCUGAGGUCUUGCUGCAUACGGCCACAGCCAAUGGCUUCCAGAUGGUCACCAGUGGAGCUCAGAGCAAAGCCGUCAAUGACUGGGCCAUCACCAGUCUAGAGGGUCGUCUUGCUGGAGUCGGAGGAGAGGAUCUGCCUACUAUUGUGGUGGUGGCUCACUACGACUCCUUUGGUGUCGCUCCAUGGUUGUCGUACGGAGCAGACUCAAACGGUAGCGGAGUGUCCAUGUUAUUAGAGCUGGCUCGUCUCUUCUCAAAGCUCUACACGUACAAGAGGACGCACGCUGGGUACAACCUGCUGUUCUUUUUAUCUGGUGGGGGAAAGUUUAACUACCAGGGCACCAAACGUUGGCUGGAGGACAACCUGGACCACACAGACUCCAGCCUGCUGCAGGACAACGUAGCCUUUGUGUUGUGUCUUGACACUUUGGGAAACGGAGACUCGCUGCACCUUCAUGUGUCCAAACCUCCCAAAGAGGGAACUCCUCAAUAUUCUCUGCUCAAAGAGCUGGAGAUGGUGGUCUCUAGUCAGUAUCCAGAGGUCAAGUUCUCCAUGAUCCACAAGAAAAUCAACCUGGCCGACGACAUGCUGGCCUGGGAACACGAGCGCUUCGGGAUCCGCCGGCUGCCGGCCUUCACUCUGUCCCAUCUGCCGUCCCACCGCCUGGCACAGCGCUCCAGCAUCAUGGACGUGCGGUCAGUGUCCCCCUCCUCUCGUUAUGGAGCGGGAGAGCCCCCUGCUGGGCCUCAUGUUGACGUGAAGAAGCUCAGCAGGAACACUAAGGUGGUGGCAGAGGCGCUUGCUAGAGUCAUCUACAACCUCACAGAAAAGGGGGCCCCUGGAGACCUGCAGAUCUUCAGCGAACAAAUGCAGGUGCAGGAGGAGCAGCUGUCAGCGGUGGUCGACUGGCUCACAGCGCAGCCCCGAGCCGCCCAGCUGGUGGACAAAGACAGCAGCGUGGUUUCCACGCUGGAGUAUCACCUGGGACGCUACCUCAAGGAUGUCAAGAAACACUACGUCAAAGCCGACAAAAGGGAUCCAGAGUUUGUAUUUUAUGACCAGCUUAAGCAGACGAUGAACGCUUACAGAGUGAAGCCGGCUAUUUUUGACCUGCUGCUGGCUGUCUGCAUCGCAGCCUACUUAGGGAUGAUGUAUCUGGCUAUCCAGAACUUCGGAGUCCUGUACAGUAUUGUCCGUAGAAUCACCCAACCCAAGACGAAGACCCACUAAGCUCCACAGCACCUUCUUUUUUUUUUUUUUUUUUUUUUUUCUUCUUCCCCCUUUUCCUCACAUCCACACACUCUAGCCAGUAAGAACGCAGACGCCGGGCCAAGCUGCAGUUCUCGUGAUGGUUUUCAAAACCAGCAGAAUCAUUUUCAUUUCCUUCAUCCUGAACCGCAAACUAUGAUGUCAGAUCCUGUCUUGCUGCCAACUUUAUCCAUCUGGUCUCACGGACCAGAUUAAUCAGGAAUCAUUUUCCGCUCUCCCUGUCCUCAUGAGUACAGAUGUCUCGUCAUUCAUUUAAAAAUAAUUCCUCUGCGUUGGAAAUAUCUAUUUGACUCUCCUGAUUGAUGUAAUCUGUUUGUUCACACCUCAGAUCCAGAUGAGAUUAAGUGAGAGGUUGUGAUGUCGCUGUACCGCCGAUCACUCUUCAUUCCUCUUCUCAGUACACUGCACGAGUGAUCGUUCCGCCAAACUAACGUCAUGUGUGGUCUCAGGCAGCUAGAGGGAGAAACUGACCGCACAGAGUUUAGCCCAGAAUUUCUUCUGUCGAGAGAUGUGCUCAUCACCAAUCUUUGUCUUCUUUAAGUCCGUCUCGAUACAAAACUCCCUCAUGUAGGCUGAAAGAGUUAUUAUUGGUCGCUGUAAUCAUUCUUCUCUGUUCUGGCUGUGUAGAGACCUGCUUCUAAUGUGAAUCCAGUGGAAGAGAUGGGACACACGUUUAAGCUAAUAAGAGGCUUCAGAAGUCUGAGUUAACCAACCCGAGUGUGUAUUUUUGUCAGUCCACCACAUCGGUCCAGACUAAAAUAUCUCAACAACUACAGGAUGGAACGCCAUGAAAGUUUGUACAGUCUGUCAUAAAACCCAGAGGAUGAAGACUCAUGACUGUGGUGAUCCCCUGACUUUUCCUCUAGCGCCACCAUGAGGUUGAUAUUUUUUGGUUUUGAGUAAAAUGUCUCCACUAGUGCUGAUUAUUUUCACUAGUGAUUAAUCGUUCAAGGUGCUGUCUUCAAAUGUUUUUGUCCUGAGCAACAUAAUAAUAACAUAAUAGGACACUGAAGAAACCAGAAAAUAUUCAUAUUCAAGAAGCUUGAACCAUUUUUAGUAUUAUUUUCUUAAGAAAUGCCUCAAAUCCAUUAAUCGAUUAUCAGAGUAGUUGGCGAUUAAUGGAUAAAUUGUUGCAGCUUUAGUCCCCACAACUAUCAGAUGGAUUGCCAUGAAAUUUGGUUCACACACUCAUGUCCCUGUUGUUAUGAUCCUCUAGCACCAACAUAAGAUCAAAGUUUCCAUUUUUAUAGUACUUUGAUAUAUUGAAAACUAAUGAGGUUAAUAAUACAUGUGCACUUGUUAGCUUGCUUACAUUAGCAUUUAGCUCAAAGCUCAGCUGUGCCUGAGUAGACUAUUGUUUUUUUUUGUUAAGGGGGACUUUCAUACCAAGAAUAUGAGCAUAUUUUUGGACUAAACCCUUCUUCAUCUGUUUAACUCAAACUGCUGAAGCUUCAUGUUUGCUUCAGUUCAACUCAAAAAUGUGUAUUUGCACUGAAAGACACCAAUAACUCUUUCAACGUACAUGUAGGCGUGUGGGUAUCUUAAAAAGACGUGCUUGGAAAAAUCUGUGAAAAUGACUCCUCUUCAACACAAAUAUCGUUUACGAAAAAGUCGACCUGUCCAGAUGAAAUGUGAAGUAGUGUUUUAGAUGAUCCUGAUUCCAUUGCCUUGGUAGGAAAAAAAAAAAAUCCUUGCCAAACAAUUAUUGUAUGCAUGAAUCUCCUCAUUUCUCCCCAUUGAAUAUAGACGUCUGUAGAAAACUAACCUUGAAAUUUUCCUUCUUAAUUUUUUCGUGUCACCUUUUUCUAGACUCGAGAUUUGUUUCCUGUUGCUGUGACUUCAUGUGUCUUAUUUUCUACCACUCAGUCCUUUUUUUUUUAAAUCCUGUAUUGAUUAGAAAGUCCUGCUGUUGAAUUACACUUUCCUGACAGCAAAAGGUCACAUGCUCAGAGCACCUGUGUGUGUUUUUAGCGUGUAAGAGUACAACGCCAACACAUCAUGACGAGAUAAAACUCCCCCUUUACUCCUUUUUUAUCAGUAAAACCAUGCCGUGUUGAAUAGGACCUUUUGCUGACUGUGGCAGAAAUGUGAUUUCCACUUAAUCAGAUUUUUUUUUUUUAAAGCUCAAGUCAGCACUGCAGGUUUUAUACAAUAGAUGUCUUAAAAUGAGCAAGAACACAAAGGGGGUGCGGUUAAAUCGGAAGAGUAUCUUAAAACACACAAAAUAGAAGAUUAGUUUGUGUAAAUUCAACAGUUAUGCAGUGAAGUCUCGACCUUUCCUCUGCCCUGGUCUUGCUCUGUUGUGGGUGAAUGGUGUCUGUUUGCUGUUUUUUGUGUUUUCAGUGUUUUACUGCAUGACUUGUGCCCCCCUCCUCCUCCUCCUUCCCAACCCUCCUCCCGUCGCCAUGGUAACAAUGACGGGACAUUUUAUUUACCAACACAAGGGAACGACUGUGUGGUACAAAUGAAUUUUUUUUUUUUUUUUUUUUUUUAAUUUAUUGAAAUCCGUUUUGAUUUGUGCACUGAAAGUGAACGCUCCUCUGGUCUGAACUGUUUCACCUCAUCCACAACACUUGAUCUUUGCGAUGAAAAUGAUAUCAGUUGUGAUUUAAAAAAAAGACAAAAACAAAUAAAUGACAAAAAUAAAAUUGCACGUCUGUUCUCUUUUGUUUACUGACAUGUUUUAUUUUAUGGGGAAAAUAAAUGAAACGAUAACAUUGGCUGAAUGGUAUUAAAAUUGUAUUACAAAAAGAGCAAGUAGUGUCUUUUAUCAAGUGGUCAGAUUUAAAAAGUGGUAAAAUUUAAACACUUUGGAGGAAAAAAAAAAUGGGGCAAUUUGUAUAGCUUACAGUGUUUAUCAAUGGUCCAAAAACAAAACAAAACAUUUCAUUAAAAUAGACUUUGAAUUAAGAGUUUUAGUCAAUGAUUCUUCCCAGAAAGUCAUAAAAAUUCCCAAAUUCUCCCUUCCCUUUUCUAAUUUUGAUCUACGAAUGAACAAUAAAAAUAAUACUAAUAAAUUACAGUGCAACUUUUAAGAAAUACCUGCAGUGCUUUCAGCCCACCGUUCUCUACUAACCUUCUACUUAGCUCUCAUCUCUGCUCGUCAGCAGCUCCCACAAACACUUGCCUUCAUAAUUUGGGUGGACAUUUUGGCACAAUCGAUGCAUUCAUGUAAAUAAUUUGUGUCAUAAUGGAGCGAAGCCCGCAAGACAGUUCAGACAGACAGCUCGUAUAUCAUACCUGGUACAAAACAAUUCAUGCUCUGCGACAAGGUGGUCCUGUCAAUGAAGCUGCUGUACUGCUCAAGCAAUGCUUAAUAUUUUACCAUCACUCCCUAAAUUUCUCUGUACUGAGCUUUGUGUAUGCAAGCGGGGAGUGAUAAGCUCAGAAACUAGACACCAAAUAUAUCAAACUACUAACUGCAACCUCUGCAAUAAGGUGGUCCUGUCAGUGAUGCAGCUUUACUGAUCAAUUCGCAAACAUUGCUUCAUUUUUUUUUUUAUUGUCACUCCCCAAUCUUUUCUUUCCUGAUCUUGGUAUGCAAACAGGGAGUGAU